UGUUGACUACGCAACAUUGUGUGCACGUCAUAUAAUAUCUACAGAUCUAAACUUUUCCAACGAAUCAAGGUUUUUAGCGUCAAGAUUUAUGGCAUCUUAAAGCCAUUUUAAAGCAAAGAUCCGUCAUUCUGCAACAGUUCUAAGGAUUGGAGUCUUACACUGUAAUUAAUUUGAAUUGCGCUGCGGCAGCUCCGAAUUAAUGAUAUCAUUGAGAGAAAUCCGCCCAAAUGUGGAAUUUCUCUCGUUUAAAAGUCCACCCGAUUUGAGUAAAAGAGAGAAUUAAGGCCGAUCAAGAUGGAAUGCGAGGGAUCCACCACAGAUGAUGAUUUAACAGAAGAUGAAGAGGACUCGAAAACAGCUGAUGUUGAGUCAGGAAAAAAUGUAAACAAACAAGCCACUCAAACAAGACAUCACAUUGAGUUCAAGGUUGAUGGGAAGAAAGGCAAUGGCGCAAACUGCUCAGACUUGAAUGAUGAAGCGACAUCAACAGAUACAUCAGAUGUUAAAACCUUAACAACAGAAUGCACUACAUUCUUUACUCAUCUGAAAGGAAAUGAAGCUAAAGAAGCCAUGAGAUUUAAGUAUGGUGACUAUGAAGCAAUUAUAGAAAGUGUCCAACGGGAAAAGGCAGAUUCACAAUCAAAAGGAGAUCAUAUACAAUCAAAAGCAAGGAGUAAAUGGAAAGGGAAAUUGGAUGUUUCUGUCCAGUAUAACACUAAACCACUUGGCAGGAGGAACUCAGUGAACAAGAAAAACAGUUCUUCUGUCAUUCAGGAUGUGGAAGAGGAUUGCAAGAUGAUAAAACACAGCAGAAAUUGUGCUAAAUCACAAAGCUCAGUUGGAAAAUCAGGAAAUACAAAUUUUAAGAGGGCUGAAGUGAAAAGCAGUAAGAGAAAUAAGUCAUAUGUGGAUGAUGAAAUGCUAGCAGAUGGUUUUCAUGAUCAAGACAUGAUAAGACCAUCUUUGACAGAGCUGGCCCUGGGCCCCACAGUCCCUUUGAUUUUGUCCAAACCUGGAGUUGUUCCAGUGAUUCAGAUUCCAGCCACACUCAAUUCCUAUUUGCGGGAAUAUCAGAGAGACGGAGUCAGGUUCUUGUUCCAACACUACUCUGAAAAUACUGGCGCCAUCCUCGGAGAUGACAUGGGUUUGGGUAAAACAGUUCAGGUCAUAUCUUUCAUCGCUGCCAUUUUGGGUAAAACUGGAACCAAAGCUGAUAUCUUCCACAAAUUCAUGGAUGGAAAGGCGCAUGGAAAACAGAAAAAGGUCAGCCCACAGACAGGUACCUUUCUGGUAGUAAGUCCAGGCUCUGUCAUGUUCAACUGGAGGGAUGAGCUGCAAACCUGGGGACAUUUUAAGACGGGUCUCUUUCAUGGUACCACAAGGGAGUCCAUCCUGGAGAGGGCCUCUAGAGGGCGACUAGAUGUAGUGCUGACCACAUAUGAGACCAUGAGAAAUUAUUUAACUGAUUUGAACCGAAUCAAAUGGUCAGCUGUAAUCAUGGACGAAGUCCAUCGCCUCAAAGAUCCUAAGGCUCAGAUAACAGUGGCUGCUAAAGCUCUCAAUGUGAAGAGAAGAUAUGGCCUCACAGGGACCCCACUUCAGAAUAAAUUGGAGGAGUUCUGGUGUGUGUUGGACUGGGCAAACCCAGGAAGUUUGGGAACAGCUAAAAACUUCAAUCAGGAGUUUGGCAAACCUAUGCUGAAAGGACAGACUUUUGACGCAACAAAAAGAGAACUGGCUGUGGGAAGAAAGAGAUCUAAAGAUCUUCAAGAUAGAAUUGGAAAAUGGUUUCUUCGAAGAACGAAAGAUCUCAUUGCAGAUCAGUUACCUAAAAAAGACGAGGUGGUGGUGUUCUGCCCGUUAACACCAUUCCAGGAAGAUGUUUACCAAACCCUUCUACAGAGCCCAGAUGUUGAACUGAUCCGUAAGAAAAACUUCCCAUGUGAUUGCGGCAGUGGAAAGGACAGAGGGAAAUGUUGUUACACGCUCAGCUCAGAGUUUGAGGACAUCAAGACCGUGACCAUGCGGUUCUUUCAACUGCUUCUUAAAGUUGCAAAUCACGCCGCUUUGUUGGCACCAACCGUCAGGCAAUCACUCAACCAGCAAAAAAAGGCCAAAGAUCUUUGUUUGCGUGUAUUUGCAAGAUAUCCAGAAUUUUCCGGCUGCGCGGAAAUGUCGUCGUUUGAACUUUUAUCAGACCCAAAGUACUGUGGAAAAAUGAAGGUACUUGAAAAAUUGAUGAAAGUUUUCCAAGAAGACCACAGCAAAGUACUCCUCUUCUCGAGAUCCACGCAGCUUCUUAACAUCGUAGAAGAGUUUGUAAUCAGUAAAGGACUGAUAUACAGUCGUUUGGACGGAGGAACCAAGCCUGCUGACAGGACCCGUUUGGUACACGAGUUUAAUGUCGACCCGAGUAUCUUUGUGUGUCUUAUCUCAACUAAAGCGGGAGGACUGGGACUGAACUUCACCGGAGCUAAUAUUGUUAUAAUAUUUGACCCGAACUGGAAUCCGUCUAGUGACUUACAGGCUCAGGACAGAGCAUAUCGCAUUGGACAGCGAAGAGAUGUGAGGAUCUAUCGCUUAAUAUCUUUGGGGACAAUCGAAGAAAUGAUGUACUUGCGACAAGUUUACAAGCAGCAAUUGGCUAGCAUGGCAGUUGGAGGAACAAACGAGAGGCGAUACUUCACAGGUGUUGAAGGUGACAAGGACAAGAAAGGCGAGCUGUUCGGACUAGAGAAUCUUUUCUCUUACCGAGCUGAAGGUGCCAGUUUGUCCAAAGAUAUCAUCAGAAGAACAGAGAAGCUAGAGGCUGGAUAUAAAGUGGUGGAAUAUGAGUUGACGCACAUCAAGGAACGGGAAGAUGGCCAGGACGGCGACGGCUCUACAAACCUGAAAUUUCAUGUAGAUCCUUAUAACAUUGAAGAACUCGCGUCACAAUUUGUUGAUGAUCAGCCAAGAACCACCUUAAAGAAACAAGUUUCUGAGACCCGUUUUGAAGGCACGUCGCAAGAGAAUAAACUGAUUGAAAACCAUAGUUGUUUUGAAAAACACGGUGGGGGUUCCUUCGAUGGAAUGAAAAGCAAGGGUAUUCAUGAUGGCGAGAAAGAUAUUCUGCACGAACUUGACAACAGUCAGAUGUUUUUAAGUGAUAGUGAAGAUUUCCCUGAAACGGAAACUCAUAGGAACAAGUUUAUCUCCAAAGAUACGAAAGCUAAAAGCUCUCUGGAAAAAAAUGAAACGAGGAGGUGCGUCUCUGUUGAGCUGUUCCCCAGAUCAGAUGAUGAUAGCGGAGUGAACAGUUCGUCAAAUAACUUUACAAAAGUAAAAGAAAAGGCAAGUGUUUCCUACUCGAGAAUCCCUGCCUCUAUCGAGGAAGAAAGUUACGAUGUAAUCCGUCUUUCUCCGAACUGUGAUAGCGGACUUAAAUCAAUAAUAACCAGCAAAAUUUUGGCGGUAGAUGCAAUCGACCAAGGAUCGUGCGGCAAAGAGAGGAAACCAGAGGAGGAGUUGAGGCAUUCAUUUAGAACGUCUUCGUCAAGCGAUGAAGAUUACUCUGACGAAUGCUUGUUCUCCAAGCGUAAACGAAAGCAAACAGGAAGAGUUUUCAAGAAGAGAAGGCUUGCAGUGAUGCCGGAGAAAGCUGCACUUAAAGAUGGUCGAGAGAGAUUUCGAAGAUAUCCUGGGCAGAAAGCCGACAGCUGCAGGGUUGACAGCCAUCCUGUUGCAGAGGUGAAAAAAGCGAGAAAAGAAAACACGUUGGAAGAAAUUCUAGAAUCGUGCGGAGUGCAUUACACACAUGCCAAUAGGUAUAUCGUCGGACCGAGCGAAGCAGAGAAUCACAUGUCAAAACAGGCAGUACAGGAUGUGUUUGAGCUCAGGCAGUUUUCUCAGCAGCCAGCAAAUUGUUUUCCUGCCUGGGAGAACAGUGAUGAAAGUGAUGAUCUUGGUGAGGGUAGACGCUACGAGCAACCGGAAGUCCUCCGGCUUGCAGAACCACCGGAAACGGAGAGUACUCAACCCUGUCAAUCAACACUGCACAGAUCAAAUGAAUCCGCGGAGGGUAAUGAUACCAUGAUAAAGAAAAUUGGAAACAGCACUGUAUUUAUCGGCUCGACUCCUCGUGGAAUUCGUCGACGACAUUUUCGGGAGAUGUUGGACUUGUUCGGAUUUACCUUUGAAGUCGACCUCGCCAAAGCUGUAAUGGAUUGCAGCGAAUAUGAAAGGCGGGAAAUGUUGAGGCGCUUUUACGUCCACAAGAAUCCGAAUUUAUCAGGAGACUUAACAGGAGACUUUUUCGCCGAAAGCCAAAGCCGAAAACAGACCGUCAAGAAUGGAGAGCGGUCUGGAGCGAAGACGCGGGAAAGGUUGGUUCGUAAAACGUCCAAAAGAUCGCAUGGGAAAUCAAAGCCCUGGCGAGUACAUUUACGUGGUGAAUACGCUUGUUCUGAAGAUGAUCUGGAAAGAAGUGAAAUUCACAAUCGUUCUGGCGGAAGAACUUCCUUAAGUAGUGAGACAAAAUUUGCAAUGGCGUUGAAUAGGAAUAUAAAAGUCCCUGAUGAGAGCUGUGUUAAAGACUUUGCAAUGAACAACGAAAGAACUCGAUCCGUUGAUAAGAGAAACAGAGACAUGCCAACGGCAGAGACAGUUUAUUCUCUUGCACUUGCGAAUCUUCCAUCGACAGCAAUAGCUUCUAAUGAAAAUUCUGCGGCAGGGAGCCGAGAUUCUCGUUUAGAGAAGGACAAUUCCCGUUUUGCUGUUUCUAUUUUGGAUGAAUUCCUAAUGCACGACUCUUCCAGCCAUGAAACAAAACGAAAGGAGGAUAGUGACAGAGGAUUAGACAAGUGGGAGCUACGUAUUUCUAAAAGAAAGGAUGACAAACAACUGAACAACACUGAACUAAAAGAACCGAAUGCGUGGGAGGCAAAUAGCACAUCGUUAUUAGAUGAGUUCAUUUAGGGAUCACUUCGGUAGCUCAACGUAGAAAUUUACUCAAGAUUCGAUUCCGUAACAAGAGAUAAACGACUCAGCAUUUUCGAA